AUGUAAAAAUUAAGGAACAUUUAUAAGAAUUUUUAUGAGAAUGUUGUAAAAGGAGGGUAGAAGAUAGAUGCUCCUCCCAAAUACAAUUUCAAAGGACAGAAACAGGAUUUCAAAGAUUUUCAAAGAGGUCCUCAAUUGACUCGAGAACAAUUGGCUCAAAAUCAGAAGUUGGAUGAAGAAUUGAAACCAUAAACAAGAGAAUUAAGGUUAAAAAAUGCUUUUUAUUUUUGCAUUUAUAUGGGAUGGUUUGCUGGAGUAAUAUUGUUUGUGAUGUAUCGUUUGGGAAGUGAUGAAAUUGGAGAUAUGGAAAGAUCGGCAAAAGAAAGAAUUCGUUUACGUGAGACAUUAAAGAAAGAAAACUAAAGAUGAUUUAAAAUGGCAUUCUUAAUUUCACAAUUAAUUUUAAGAAAUCAAAAUUUUUAUAUAAAAA